AGCAUCUCCCAUGCGAAGGGUUCAAAUAGGGACGAGCGGCUCUUGUAGAGCCCCUGCUCUGACCAUUAAGAGCCUUAGUUACUUUCCUACCAAAGAAAAGAUUUUUUCUCACAGAGAUGUAGCUUCAGAUGAUAGUGAAGGCGAAGGAUCUGGGCAGAGUAAGAAGCCUGAGGGUAAUGUUCGGCGUAUGAGUGUUCAAGAUGCAAUAAAUCUUUCUGAAAGUAAACAAAGGGAUCAGGUUUCUGAUAUGCCACAAAAGAACUCAUUAACAAACGUCUCUCUUGGUGCUAGUAAGUCUGUAUUGAAAAGAUGGAGUGCAGGUGUGGGUGAAUCAUCCUCCCAAUGCCAAUUGCAGAAUGCUUCUGAAGAUCCUGUUCCAGAGCCUCCUGAUAAUGUCAUUGAUAAUGAUACCAUGGGGAGGUCAGCAGGAGUUGAUUUGGAAUCUGAUUCUAGAAGUGGAGGUCAGAUCAUCAAUGAGACUGUUGAUGUGAACUUAGAAAGGCUGGAAGAGAGCUCAUGUAGUCCAAUAGAUGUUCAAGAGGUCACAGAUAAAAUCCAAGAAGAUGAAGCUAAUGAAAGGUCAGAAAGCUCAGCUGAAUGGAGUAGACAGAAGGAAGUGGAGUUAAACCAAACGUUCAAAAAAAUGAUGGAAAAUCAGCCUGUUAGCUGUGGGAAGCCUCAAACUAAUGUCAGACAAAAUCUGCCUCCGGAGCAGAGAGGUGGAUUUUAUGACCAUUACAAGGUGAAGAGGGAUUGCAAACUGAGAGGUGAAAAUGCUGGAAAGCAUGCUGAAAAAGAAGAAAAAUUUAGAGCAAUGCAGAAGGUUCUUGAUGAGAGGAAAGCUGAAAUGGCUUCCAAAAAUGUGAAUAAUUUUUCUAAAAAGGAUCCUCCAACAAAGUCCCAAAAAUCUGUUAAGAAUCCACCAAAAGUACUUAAGAGUCCUUAUCAGCCUGCUAAUGCAAGGAAAGAAGCCACAAAACCUUCAACUGUGAAGAAGGUUUCAUCAAGAACAUCCCCCUUGCCCACUACUCGUAAGUCAUGGCCUUCAACACCCUUACCAAGAACAACAGGGAUAUCAUCUGCUAAAACUUCUGGUGGAAUCUCUUCUGCUGGCACUACACCAACACAUCGGAAACCUCAGUCAGCACAAUCAGUACCUCGACCAAGUUCUAAAGUGGAAAGUGCCCAGCCAGAAAGAAAAAAUAUAAAGGCAACCCAGACUGAUAAACGAGGUUUAAAGAGUGUGAAUGAGAAGCAGCAACAAAGAUUGAUGAAAGGCAGCAAAACAAUAAAGACAAAAGUUGCCGCAGCACCUGGAGACUCUUCCAGUUCGGUUCCAGCAAAGCCUAGUUUGUAUAACAAGAUGACCAAGAAAAGUAGUGUAGUUCCACUGGAAGCAAAGCCAUUUCUCCGUAAAGGUUCAGGAUUUACCUCUAGUGUUAGUCUCGUUAAGAAGAUAAAAAAUCCCUCUCCGUUGGAGGACUCUCUGAAAACCACUGAAGAUUCAAUUGAUACUCAAGAGAGUGAUGUGAUUGUUAAUGCUUCUGUCCUGGUGAAUGAGCAUCAGGAUCAGGAUAUUUCAUCACUGGAUCAUUGUGAUGAUGAUAUUCAGUCAGAAACACAAGUAAAUGGCCAUCAGAAAUCUAAUGUGAUUGAGAGCAUUGGUGAACCUGCUUCUGAUGUUGAUGAUGACUUAAAAAAUAUUGCUGAGUCUUCAAAAUGUGAGGAAGAAUUAACCAUCUCCCCAGCUGCUUGGGUGAAAAUAGAAGAGCAUCAGGACCUGCCUAACCAAUGUGAUGACAACACAGGUGAAAAUACAUCUUCAGCAAGCAUUGCUGCUGUUGGAUCAGCAAGUCCACGGGUCCGUCACUCUCUGUCACAGAUGCUGCAAGAAGAAAGUAGCGAAGCUGAUACCACUGAAUGGGGAAAUGCUGAAAAUCCACCUGCAAUGGUCUAUCAAAAAGAUGCACCCAAGGGACUGAAGAGGCUGUUGAAGUUUUCUCGGAAGAGUAAGGGGGAUGCAAAUAUAACUGGUUGGUCUAGCCCAUCGGUCUUUUCUGAAGGAGAGGAUGAUGCAGAAGAAUCAAAAGCUAUUAAUAAGAGAAAUGCUGAUAAUCUACUGCGAAAGGCUGCCCUUUAGGGAAAGAACUAUGGGCAACAAAAGAUGUCGUGUGAGGGCUAUGAAAAUCAUUUGGAUGCUUGUGAGCUUCCAUCUGCUCAAUCAGGCAUCAGCACAUUUGAUGGCUACAAAAUGCACAAGGGCAGUGUCUCAACUGCAGCCUCCACUAGUAAAGGACAAGGUCAUUCUACUCCGUUUCAGCAUUUAGGGGUAGCAAACCAAGUGAGAUGAAGCUUCGCUAAAACUAGGAUGAUUACAAAUAUCAAGGUUAUUGACAUAUGCUCGGUUGCAGUCUUAGGCUAACUAAGCUUUGCUGGAGGCCAAAAUGUCCUCUGCUUUUCUCUUAUCAUUUUUUUGGUGCAUUGUUUUGCAUGUCAGCCGCCAGGGAUCAUGUCUAUGCUUGGGUUUUGUGUUGGUGGGGUGUGCAUGUGUAUGCAGUACGUUGCAGUAUUAGGAUUUCCAUCCUGCUAAACAGAUUGUUCCAUGUUAACCAUUAUGUUGAGGACAUGAAACAAUGAUGAAUUAAUUGAUUUUAUUUGGUACGAGCA